AUGCUUCAUCUGAUUGGCCUGGGUCUGUCCCACGAAACCGACAUCACUGUCCGAGGUCUGGAGACCAUCAAAAAGUGCAAGCGAGUCUACCUCGAGGCGUACACUUCGAUUCUCAUGGCCGCCGAGAAGGAGACCCUGGAGAAGUUCUACGGCAAGGAGCUCAUUCUGGCCGACCGAGAGAUGGUCGAGCAGGCAUCCGACGACAUUCUGGCCGGCGCCCAGGAGGACGAUAUUGCAUUUCUGGUGGUGGGAGACCCCUUUGGAGCCACCACCCAUACCGACUUGGUGAUUCGAGCCCGAGAGCUGGGAAUCAAAUACCAGACUAUCCACAACGCCUCGGUCAUGAAUGCUGUUGGAGCCUGCGGUCUGCAGCUGUACAACUUUGGCCAGACCGUGUCUCUCGUUUUCUUCACCGAUUCAUGGAAGCCCGAUUCUUUCUAUGACAAGAUCCACGAGAACCGAAAGAUUGGUCUGCACACCCUGGUUCUUCUUGACAUCAAGGUCAAGGAGCAGAGCAUUGAAAACAUUAUGCGAGGCCGAAACGUCUUUGAGCCUCCCCGAUACAUGUCUAUUGAGCAGGCUGCUUCCCAGCUGCUGGAGAUUGAGGAAUCUCGAGAUGAGAAGGUGUACUGUUCCGACACCCCAGCUAUUGCUGUCUCUCGACUAGGAUCUCCUCGACAAUGCAUCAAGGCCGGUUCUCUGGGAGAGCUUGCUGAGUACGAGUCUGGCGAGCCUCUGCACUCUCUGAUUGUGCUUGGAAACAACGUGCACGACCUGGAGAUCGACUUCCUGGUCGAGUUUGCUGAUGAUCCCGAGGCUUUCAAGGCUCUCAUCACCAAGGAUGCCGAGAACUUCAAGAAGGAGGUCAAGAUUAUGUCUUACUCCGACGACGACGACGAGUAA